AUGUGGAUGAGGAUAUCUGGUGCUUUACAAAAGAAGAUCAAUGCUGAAUUCACUUACAAACAAGUAGCAAGAGCCAGCUCUGAUGAAAACUCUCUCACAGCAAAACAAAUAGAAAAGGAUUUGCAACGUACUAUUCCAAACAAUGCUUGUUUUUACAAGCAAACAAGUACUGGUCUGUUGAGAUUGAGGAGGAUCCUAAGGGCAUUAGCAUGGCUUUAUCCAGAUAUUGGCUACUGUCAGGGAAUGGGAAUGAUUGUAGCUUCACUGCUGUUGUUUGUAGAAGAAGAGGAUGCAUUCUGGUUGAUGUGUACCGUGAUAGAAGACCUCAAUCCACCRUCAUACUUCACUAGUACUCUUAUUGGUGUMCAAGCAGACCAGCGAGUACUGAGACAACUUAUUGUUAGUUACCUUCCACACACAGAUGAACAACUUAAAGAACAUGACAUAGAAUUAUCACUUAUUACUCUACACUGGUUUUUGACAGCAUUUGCCAGUGUUGUACAUAUGAAGAUAUUGCUGCGCAUCUGGGAUAUCUAUUUUUAUGAAGGUUCAGUCACUCUCUUCAGAAUUACAUUGGGAAUGCUGAAACUCAAGGAGGAUCUCAUUCUAACUCUUGAUAACUCAGCACAGAUAUUCAAUGCAUUAUCAGAUGUCCCUGGUGAUAUAGACGAUCCUGACCUUUUACUCAAGUCUGCACAAAAGGCAUCUGCUUCCCUAACAGAGGUCAUCUUGGAUGCUCACAGAAAAAAGCACUUGGCAUUUUUAAUGGCUGAUCUUGGUGUGCUAGUAGACAAAGAGUCAGGGAAACACCUUACUAGACAUCAAGUGAAUAGAAGACAAUUGAGCACACAUCGAUCUUUUUUUAAUUUAUUAUUUGGGAAAAGUCACAUUUCACUAGAAAAGGCAAAGAACAUCAAGCAAACAGAAUUUGUGGCUGAUCUUAGAGAAGCCAUUAUACAUAUUGCCAAGCACUUUGAUGCCAUUGACCCUAAAAAGGGACUGGAAGUUGACUAUUCUAUGGAGAGUCAUGCCAGGGACCAYGAACGAUUCAUCAAUGUAGCAAGAAAUCGAAGGAGAAGGGCCAAGGCACUGCUUGACUUUGAGAGGCAUGAUGAUGAUGAGCUUGGAUUCAGAAAAAAUGACAUUGUUACUGUAAGUGUUGCAUAUUGGUCACUAUUGUUUAGUGGGCAAGAUUGUGUGAACAGGCAUUUGGGGCUGGAGAGCCUAAGUGGGAGGGAAAGCAAGCAAUGUCUGGCAUAUACAACAAAUCAAAACRUCAGACCAAAUUAAAAGACAUUGUUCUUG